AUGUCUCGAAGUCAGUUGACUAGUUUUCGAUGGAAUGGUACCGAGUGGUCUCCAUCCGAUGGUUCACUUAAUCUUUCUCAACGAAAUGAACCAAUCCGUGUAGCAACAUGGAAUAUUCUCGCUGAUUGUUUUCCAUGGUUUAUUGAAACAGCGGUAAGAAGCAGCGAGCGAUAUGAAUGGCUAUGUGAUGGUAUUACCAAAUUGAAUCCUACUAUUCUCGGUUUAAAUGAAGUCAGUCCAAAUGCACUAGGACUAUUACAAAAAUGCCCGUUCAUUCGAGAAAAUUACUUUCUCACCGAAUCCGUAGACGAAAAUGUCGAUGGAAGAUGUGUAAAUGCAACACUCGUGCCACAUGGAUGUCUUAUUUUGAGUAAAUUACCAAUCCUGGAGGUGUUUGGAAUACCUUUUACAGAUAGUCGACGUGAAGCAAUUACUGUCAAAGUACAAUUGGAUAAAACUCCUGUUUAUUUUUGUUCUCAACAUACGAAGGCACGUCAAACAGCAGAAAGGGCACAACUACGCUACAGACAGAUAUGCGAUGUUAUUGAUGCUUUACAAGCACUUGAAUCUCCAUUUGUUCUCAUGGGCGAUUUAAAUAUUUAUUACCAAUACGAAGAUUCAGUAACUGUAGAAAAUGAGCUCGUCGAUGCUUGGGCUCAAACACAUUUCUCUCGUAUUCAUUCAUUUAAUGAUGGCGAUCAAGGAUAUACGUUUGACAGUAUAAAAAAUACUCUCAUCCCAUACUACGUUCCCGGUGCUUGUCGACAACUGCGACUCGAUCGUAUCCUCUUUUCUAAAGGAUUUCCUGCAUUCGCUAUUGCUCCGUGUAUGUUAUGGGCCAAUGAAGCUAUCAAAGCUGAAGAUUAUCUUUUCCCAAGUGACCAUUUCGGCCUUUCUAUCGAUAUCGUUCCUGAAGUAAACGAGAAAUAUACGGAUGUGAUCUCAUUGGGUGAACCCGAUCCAUCUGCAAAUGAAAUUCUUCGUCAGAAUGCAGAAAACAAAGCCGACCAGGGACCUUAUCGUCAUGGCAUUGUACGAAGAACAACGGCAUUGGCAUCUCAUCUGGUUUGGCUUGGUGCUAAAUCUGUCGGUCUCAAAUAG